CACAAUGGCUGGUACGGCGUAGGGGUAGUGGGAAGGGUGCGUGCGGUCAAAAGAACGCUUGUGUUGUGUGUUGCAUCCCCCGAAGAAAAAUACGCUCUUUCAGGCAGGUUGUUUUUGGAGUGGCCGUUUUUUGUUCGGUUCCAAUCACCCGAUUGACGGAGCAGCAAGGCGCGCGGGGGACACUGGGCGAGCUGGCAGGGAACACUAGCACAGCAACAUGGGACCGACCAAAAUCAGCCCGGAGGACCAGUCCUUCAACAUCACGUUCGUAUGGGAGGUGAAAAAGCAUCCCUGCCUGUUCGACUCGAGCAAUCCCGACUACAAGCAGCAGACGCUGCAGGAGCGGGCCUGGCAGGCUGUCUCGGACGCGGUCGGCGAAGGGGUGGACACAUGCAAGAAGCGGUGGCGCAAUCUGCGCUGCUGCAUGACCCGCUACCAGAAGUCGGUGCGCGACAACCCCGACCAGGCGCGCCGGAAGCCCUACUACCUGUACAGCCACAUGCAGUUCGUGCUGCCGUACCUGAAGGCGCGGGAGGAAACGAGCACCUACGAGCAGGACGAGCCGACCUGGACGAAGGGCGAAAGCGAAUCGAUGAGCAAAAACGAGGAGGAGGACGAGGACGAGGACGAGGAGGAGCCGCAUGAGAUUGAAACGAUCACGGUGCCGGAGGAGGAUCACAGCGAGCAGAUCAAGGACAGCAUACUGCAGUCGAUCAAGAUAAUGCCGAUCGGGCAGGAAGCGUCAACCAUCACCGACCAGCAGCAGCAGCACCAAGAAGUGCUACACACGGACAGCACCAGUGCGGCCAACACGACGACGACGUACGAAAUCAUUACCGCGCCACCGGUUAAGCAGCCGCGCCUUUCCCAGACCAGCGUCGGGGCGGUAAGCCCGAUCGAAACCGGCAGCACGCUCCAGUCGGUGGCCAACGAUUCGAAGCGGGACCUUGUGGCGCAGCGCCAGUUCUUCACCAUCACCAACACCCCGAUGCAACCGGCCAGCAUCCCGAUGCCCUGCUACACCUCCAACCCGAUCACGUCCCAAACGCUGCACCAUCAGCAGCCGCCGGCGCACCAGACGCUUGCGGCCCAGCCGCAGCUGCAAACGCAGGUCCCGCCCCACUUUACCUUCAUUCCGAGCACGUCGACGCUGGCGACCGAUGCGGAUCACAACUUCUUCCAGAGCCUGGUGCCCGACAUACAGACGAUGACGAUGGAGCAGAAGCGCAAGCUGAAAAUUGGCAUCCUGCAGCUGAUCGACGGCAUUCUCAAUACUUGAUGCAGUUGAAACAGGAAUGUGUAGGGAAUAGGAAGUUCAAACACAACUCUCGAUUAGUUCGAAGACGCAAAGUGCAGGGAGCUGCUAGAAGGCAUGAAUUGGAGAGGUCAGCUCUAGGCGCAAUAGUAGCUGUUAGGGCAAUAGUAAAUAAUGUGAAUGAAAUAGUAUAUACACCUAGGUACAAGCUAAUUGAAGAUGGAUCGAGAUAAAGAAUUGUAAAAUAAUAUUUUAACGUAAUAGAUAGUAAGAUCUACUGUGUGCGUUACUAACCCAAUCUCCCGAAUCCGCAUUUUCUUAUCCCAUUUCUCGAACCUGUAGCACCCUUUACCGUCGACAAGCGCUG